CAUUUGGUGAUGGUGCUGUCCUACAAAUAGCAUAACCAAUCCCUUUGUUCAACACAAGCAAAUUAAGCCACAAUUAAGUUAGUUACAAAAUCACAACUUCUUUUGAUUUCUGCUUUGAACUUUUGUUCUUUAAUUAGUACCAUGUCAGUGAAGAGUAAAAUCCUAGUCCUAGGAGGAACAGGUUACAUAGGAAAAUUCAUAGUUGAGGCAAGUGCUAAAGCAGGACAUCCCACCUUUGCUUUGGUUAGAGAAAGCACAAUUUCUCAUCCUCAAAAAUCUAAGCUUAUUGAGAGCUUCAAAACUUCUGGAGUAACUUUGCUAUAUGGUGAUCUAAGUGACCAUGAAAGUCUUGUUAAGGCAAUUAAGCAAGUUGAUGUUGUUAUUUCAACACUUGGUGGAGCACAAAUAAAUGAUCAAGUCAAGCUCAUAGCAGCAAUAAAAGAAGCUGGAAACAUCAAGAGGUUUCUCCCAUCUGAAUUCGGAAUUGACAUUGAUCGUCACCAUGCUGUUGAGCCAGCGGCUAGCUUUUUUGAGCAAAAAGCAAAAAUCCGAAGAACAAUUGAAGCUGAAGGGAUUCCUUACACUUAUGUCAGUUGUAACGCCUUUGCUGGAUACUUCCUCCCUACAUUAGGACAACAAAAUGUUACGGCUCCUCCCCGAGAUAAAGUGGUCAUUCUCGGAGAUGGAAAUGUCAAAGGAAUUUAUGUCACUGAGGAAGACAUUGGGACUUAUACUAUUAAAGCAGUGGAUGAUCCAAGAACCUUGAACAAAACUCUAUACUUUAGACCUUCUGCAAAUGUUGUGACUUUCAACGAGCUUGUUUCCUUAUGGGAGAAUAAGAUUAAGAGUACCCUUGUGAAAAUUUAUGUUCCAGAAGAUCAACUUAUUAAGCUAAUUCAGGAAUCUCCUUUCCCUGCAAACUUGUUAUUGGCACUAGGUCACUCAACUCUAGUAAAGGGGGAUUGUACAAAUUUUGAGAUUGACUCUUCUUUUGGCGUGGAAGUUACCGAGCUUUACCCUGAGGGGAAAUUCACUAGUGUCGACAAUUAUUUGAAUGCAUUUGUUUGAAGUUUAAGAAAUGUGAUGGCGCCAAUAAAUCGGUUAUAAGAUUUCCUACUUUCGAAUUUUCUACAUUUACACUGUUAUCUAAGAAACCGCCCCACCAAAGUCAAUAAAGUCAUAACAUGUUUUGUAUUGGUCAAAAUUUCAUAUUUCAUCGUCUUGUUUGUCACUUGAGUUUUUAUUAUCGUCAAAAGAAUCAUUUCACAUUUUACUUUGUAAUGUUCGCUCCGUAAUGUAUUAUGUUUGCUUUGCCA